AUGUCACCACCUACCUCUCGCAGUGAGAUUCUCGCCAACCUACGCCGUCAAAUUGAAGACGGGAAACCCAUUGUUGGGGCCGGCGCUGGCAUCGGUCUUUCCGCAAAAUCGGUCGAGGCCGGCGGCGCAGACCUAGUCAUCAUAUACAACAGCGGUCGCUUCCGCAUGGCGGGUUGCGGAAGUCUCGCGGGACUGAUGCCGUACAGCAACGCUAACGAGGUGGUGGUCGAAAUGGCCACCGAAGUCAUUCCUAUCGUUCAGAAUAUCCCCGUGAUUGCGGGUGUCUGCGGUACCGAUCCAUUCAAGGACAUCCCGCGGUUCCUGAAGCAGCUGCGGGAAUUGGGAUUUGCUGGUGUUCAGAAUUUCCCCACGGUGGGACUGAUUGAUGGCAACUUCCGUGCUAACUUGGAGGAGACUGGGAUGGGGUAUGGUAAAGAGGUGGAGAUGGUGCGGCACGCGGCUAAGUUGGAUAUUUUGACGACGCCUUAUAUUUUCAACGUCGAGGAUGCUGAGGCUAUGACGAAGGCUGGGGCGGAUAUCCUGGUGGCACAUAUGGGUCUAACUACUUCUGGGCUGAUUGGGGCGAAGACUGGAAAGACGUUGGAACAAUGUGUCGAGGAGAUCCAGGCAAUGCGGGAUGCGGCGGUGCGGAUCAAUAAGGAUGUCAUUGUGCUGUGUCACGGUGGACCUAUUGCUGCUCCAGAAGAUGCGAAAUUCGUAUUGGAUAGGGUGCAGGGUUUGCAUGGCUUCUAUGGGGCCAGUUCGAUGGAGCGACUUCCUGUUGAAGUAGCUAUCAGAGACACCACUGCCGAGUUCAAAAAGAUUGCCUUGAAGAGGUAG